AUGGGCAACCUCUUUACCGAUAAGAUGUCGUCUUCAGAAAAGCGCGACAUCCAAAGAAGGCUCGAGCGCGGCAGCAUGCCUCCGCGCAUACCCACUGGCUUUCCAGGAGUCAAUACUGAAGGAUACCUACACCACGGAACACCACAAUCAUCGCAAUCCCGUAGCAGUGUCCCGACCAGUCCAAGAAGCCAGAAGCCUAGGAACGUCGACCGCAUUUUCGAUGGAAGCGACCAUAUCAGCGAUACGGGUCGGAAGUUUCGCCGUCGACCAAGCAUCGAGGCACGCACAAGGAAGAGCGAUUAUCAUACGCUGCUUGAAGGCGGGAGCCUGUGGAGUGACGAUGAUGUCAUCGAUGAUGUUGACACGGACGUGCAAGGACCAGUGCAGUUAGAACCUGUGAAAGAGGAGUCAUCCAACACACCCCGAGUACAGUUGGCACCGCGAAUACCAAACAAAGCUGUAGAUGCACCGAGACAGUCAAUGAUCAGCGUGCUAUAUGGCCGUCAGAACCCGGAUUCUUGGUACUUGACACGGCGCUUAGCCCGGUUGUCCGCUGUCAACGUUGAUACCGAAUUCGAUUCGACCACUCUGCUCAGACGCCGUAACAUCGACGCUGACGCGGCAGAACUGCAUCAAAUAUGGCGACGCACUGGCGUUAUUCCAACCCGCUACCGCGACGUCAACUUCGACCCCGACGGUAUCAACCCGCAGCAUACAUGGAUCGCAUGCUGGCCGCUGAUCAACGCAGCGAUACACGGCUACGUGAUAGAUGAUGUCGAAUUCGUUGACCGCGUCAUGGACCUGCUCGAAGAGAAGAUACUGAAGGGCGUACGACCAGAUAUCGAUACCAUCUCGCACAUAUUUGGUGAGAAAAGACACAACAUGCCGAAAGCUCUAGGCCGCUUUUUAGUCGAUCGAUGGGUUGACACUGCUGCUGAAGCGUCUGGCGACGUCAACCCGUCAGACUUGCCGCAGCCUUUUGUUUGUUCAGCGCUCGUAACGGCUAUGCGACGCCUCUCGGAUGAUGAACGGUCUUCGUCGCUGGCGGGCUGUCAGUACCAUACGCAUGCCAAGCCCGAAGAGUGCUACAAAAGGAGGAUCGUGCCGGAGGAAGCAAAAAGACAGCAACGUUACCAGUGCCGUCGUGACAAGGCAACUCGAGAGGCUGAGCAGGUCGCUGCAGAUUCAAUUGAAUGUGGCAUUUUGGUGGUUGACUGGGAGGGGCGAAGACUUGAGCAACACAGGAGGCUGCGCGAAGAAAGUGAUGCUUCUUUGCCUGCUUUCGAUGACCGGAUCGGAACUGCAGACCAAAUGCACAAGGCAGAUCCUUCCGACGGACUUGAUGUACUAGACGAUACAGACGCGAAUGACGACCUCAACGCCAAAUCCUCGUCGUCAUCCAUGUUCGGGACUGCGCAAGCUGAUAGGUCCGUUGAUGAGGUGAAGUUUGCGCCACCAACACGAGAGCCACCGCCGAAGCCACCAUCGCCAAGCGCACGCGUCGGACGCAAUGACAGCGCUGUCGAAGGCGACCAGACCUAUGGGGCUCUUUUGAGAAAUCAGCAAAUUCAAUUCUCGUUGUUUGACGGCGCGAUGCAGGCUGUGAAGAUCGAAGGGAAUAGUGAGUCAAUCGCGUUGGGCGCACCUGCCAUGCCGCGAGACUCAGACGCGAACGCACGGACCGUCUCAGGGGAGAGUCUCCGCCGAAGAGAGCGCAGAACAUGCCCCGGAUCAAUUCCGGAGUCGAGAUCUGGGAGUCUGAAUAAGGCUGAUACUGCGUAG